AUGGAUAAGCCAAAGGGCCGCAAGAAAGCUUCUCCCUCGCAUAUUUCACGCAAACUGACUUGGCCCGAUAAGUCAAUCAACUUGAAUAAGAAGCCUUCGACGCCUGUAGGCUUUACUGAGGCUGCAACGCCAAUAACUCAUUAUUCUGGUGGUCAGAUGAGCGGCAACCGCGAUGAAGUUAUAACGGAUUUUCUGUCGAGACAUGUGUUGCUGCCACACAGUCUGGAUAAAUGCAACAUGCAAGUAAGUCCUGCUCACCUCAAGUUAGAAUAG